CGAAUGACACCAACAUGGACGCGGACAAUUCGAUCGAGCGCAUUGAACGAGACUUGAAGGCCACGUCGCUGCCAGCGCUGGUCACCAGAGACUCGCUGGAGGAUGCAAAUGAGACCACGGGGAAUCAAUUUCAGCAGCCUGACUGGCAGGUGGCUCUGUGGGCUUUGGCGUACUCGCUCAUCAUCCUGGUGUCCGUCACCGGGAACGUGACGGUCAUCUGGAUCAUUCUGGCUCACCGGCGCAUGAGGACCGUGACCAACUACUUUAUCGUCAACUUGGCUUUCUCUGACGUUUCGAUGGCGACCUUCAACACUUUGUUCAACUUUGUUUACGCGCUGCACAACGACUGGUACUUUGGCCUCGGCUACUGUCGAUUCCAGAACUUCUUCCCCAUCACCGCCAUGUUUUCGUCCAUUUACUCCAUGGCUGCCAUCGCGGUUGACAGAUAUAUGGCCAUCAUCCACCCUUUGAAGCCUCGCCUCUCCUCCACCUCCACCAAGGUUGUGAUUGCAAUCAUUUGGAUUGCGGCGGUUUUGCUGGCGUUCCCGCAGUGCUACUACAGCGUGACCAGAUUUUACUACCCCAGAACAGUUUGCAUGGUCGACUGGCCGGACGACUACGGAGGAACGCACCAACUCAGCUACCAGUUUGCAGUCAUACUGCUGAUCUACUUGCUCCCCUUGCUGGUGAUGAUGGUGACGUACACUUUGGUGGGCCAGACUCUGUGGGGGGGCCACAUCCCCGGAGAGGCGACCGACCACUACCACAGCCAGAUCAACGCAAAGAGAAAGGUGGUAAAGAUGAUGGUUGUCGUGGUGGUGACCUUCACCCUGUGCUGGUUGCCCUACCACAUCUACUUCAUAUUGGGAUCAAUCAACAGAGACAUUUAUAAGCAACAUUACAUUCAACAGGUUUACCUGGCGAUUUUUUGGUUGGCGAUGAGCUCGACCAUGUACAACCCCAUCAUCUACUGCUGUCUAAACCAAAGGUUCCGUGCUGGUUUCCGACACGCUUUUUCUUGGUGUCCCUUCAUCAAAGUGUCGCAGGAGGACAAAAUGGAGCUGCAGCACACGCACACCUUCAGAGUGACCACGACGCGCAGCCUACACAAAAGCAGCCCGCGCGCCUCCAUCCGCGCAAACGACUAAAGCGACGUAAGCAAAGAAUGUGGGCGAGGAUGGUGCA